AUGUUCGCGCUGGCGUUGCUGGCGAUUCUCGGCGUGAUCACCUCGUUAAGGGCUCUGUCCAACGACCGGCAGAUGCUUCUGCAGAAGACAGAGGAAUUGACCGCCUCCCUCCAGGAUCUCAAAGAGGAGAUUCGGCAGCAGUCCGCUUCGGGCACUCCGAUCUCAAGUUUAGAAAGGCUUGAUGGCCGUGACACGUCUCUGACACAGAAGAUGACUGACUCCGGGACAGCGGGCGAGAUUCCUGUAGCAACGUCUUCGGCCGCUGCUGCUGAGAGACCUGGAGUUGCAGAAGCGGUCGUGCAGGAUUGGCCUCCCAAGGCUUGCACCCAUCCCGAAGGAGCGGUGCUGUUCUUCUGUGAGCGGCCCGCCCGAAAGGUGGCUGCAGCGUUUGAUUUGUGGAAGGAGGGCUCGCAGCUUCUGGGCCAGGCAGACUUCGUUGAGUUCUUGUCUCGAUGCCAAAGGGCGGAGUCGGUCCUGGCCGGUUCUCGAGUGAAGAUUUGGUCGGACAGCCGUGAUCGCAAGGGCUUCAAGGGGGCCAUGGCAGAGCAGGUUAGGGAUGUGUAUGGCCUGUCCAAGUUGGUGAAACCGUCCUGGGGCGACGACACAUGGAUAUUGGACGUUGGUGGCAACUUGGGCAUCACAGCCAUUCAUCUGCACAUACGGGCACCCAAGUGCAAACUGCUUACCCUGGAACCGAGCCCAUGGAACUACAUCUUGCUGCGGCUGAACCUGCUGCAGAACUUGGAAGCUGCUGGUCAGACCGUGUUCGCUUUGCAUGGCGGCUUCUCUGCAACGCCCGGCACCUUGCAUGGAACCCACAUGUUCACGAACGCAUGGGGCUCCAGGAACGAUGACAUCUUCCAGCCCCACAGGUCCAUCAAAGGAGAGUUGAGCAAGCAUGAGCUUGGUCACUUUACAGCUCCUCUUCGGACACUAGAGGAAGUUAAGACGAAUUAUGGGAUCAAGCAUAUCAGGCUGAUGAAGCUUGAUUGCGAAGGUUGCGAGUGGACGGUGGGCUUGAGCAUGAUGCACAACGGCGAUUGGAAGAUGGUGGACAUGCUGUUUGGCGAACUACACGCGCUCUGUCAGAACGAUGUGUCAGAUGCAGCUGAAUGCCUGCCGAGAAACGUCUCCACAACGGCAGGAAGAGAUCUAUGGUAUUUUUUGUGCGAAGCCCGAAAGUUCCCCUUGGAGUGGGGUUGUGAAGAGCCCCGCUUUGCUGGACUCGGUCGAGAGGUGGCCUCGAGUCUGGCAGCCCGGAUCUGCGGAAGCUCCGACACCAAAGCCUGGCAGUGCGCCUGGGCCAAGAAGCUCUGUAAAGACCAGGGCCGGAAAGCUCCUCAUUGCCACACGGCAUAA